ACUGUUUUUAUGCGCCGUAAGAGCAGAAGAGUUCUUUUUUAUCCGGAAGAAACUCAAGUCACAUCAGACAGCUUCUCCAUUGCCACGAGAUAGAAAUAUAGAACGUUAAACUUACGUAAAAUUAAGAAUAACGACACACACGGCCCCUGCAUCCUUGUCAGCGUAUUAUAUAAACGAUGUUGAUAAUCAAAGAUGACAAUUGGCCUACCAAGGCAAUUAAGUGGAAUACUUCGUUGAACACACCACAGAACUAUUCAUCCUCAAAGAUGCACACGCGGGAUACUACGUAACCAAAUUCCAGGUCCGGCACGACUCUUAACAAGCCAUAAUGUGCAUGAUAACUGAUAACAAGCUUCAUAGUAUCAGCUGCCAGAACCCAGUAUCCCACAUUAUUUUGUGUUGCCAUAAGAUAUAAUAUUGUGGCGACUGUGACAUAACGGCGAAAGUCGGAAUCAUGGAACGAGAACAGACGUUCGUUGCUAUGCAGGGGCACAAUAAACACGUUUCUGCUGCAAUAGAUACAGGCACAAAAAUAGCGAACGCAAUGUUGUCUAUGCGGACGUUCAUGGCAACAACCUAUAGACACGUUUCCACAGCAACGGAUCACCUCUCAACAGUACACGAAGACGUUCUCUGUUUUGUCCGCCCCAAGGCUACAUACGCGAGGACAAGCGUUCACGUAAACAGCGAAGAAUUGAUGGUUUCGUGUGACGACUCACCGUUGGUAGCAGCCAAUAAUUGUGCUACAGAGAACUCGAGAAAUAGCUCCAGCUCUAAGAGAAAUCAUGAGCAUCGCUGAUUUGGAGAAUGUACAAGGCCUAUGUAGUGAGAUAUGGCCAGCAUCUUCUCAUGGUUCAUAUCAGGCUGUCAGUAUAAAAACUGAGGUAUUUGCAGAUGCAGAAGGAGAAGAGUAUCUGAUCCCGACAGCAUUUCCAGGGAUAAAGGCUGAACCUGAGGUCAUUGUGUGUGAGCCUGAAACUCUUUUACUUGAGAAGUGGCCAUUUUGCCAUGAUGUGGGUAAUAACUCAUUUGGUGAUCCUAGUUUUAUGAAGAGACAUAAAUGCCUACACAGUGUGGAGCAGCGAUUUUUCUGUGAUGUGUGUAAUAAGUUAUUCAGUAAGCAGUGUGAUCUGAAGACAAAUCAAUGCAUACAUAGUGGGGAGAGGCCAUUUUGCUGUGAUGUAUGUAAUAAGUCAUUCAUGCGUCAGUGGCAUCUGAAGACACAUCAAACCAUCCACAGUGGGCAGCGGCCAUUUUCCUGUGAUGUGUGUAAUAAGUCAUUCAGACAACAGGUACAUCUGAAGACACAUGAACGAGUACACAGUGGGGAGCGACCAUUUUGCUGUGAUGUGUGCAAUAAGUCAUUCAAGCAACAGGGUCAUCUGAAGGCACAUGAACGAGUACACAGUGGGGAGCGGCCAUUUUGCUGUGACAUAUGUAAUAAGUCAUUCAGUGGUCAGACUAACCUGAAGUCACAUCAACGGAUACACAGUGGGGAGCGGCCAUUUUGCUGUGACAUGUGUAAUAAAUCAUUCAAUCAUCAAACUAAUUUGAGAACACAUAAAUGCAUAUUCAACAGGCAGUGGCCUUUUAACUGUGACAUGUGUAAUAAGUCAUUCAGUGAUCGGAGUAAUCUGAAGUCACAUCAGUGCAUGAAUAGUAGGUAAAGGACAGUUUAUUGUGAUGUGUGAUAAGACAUUCAUGAUUAGGGUCAUCUGAAGAGGCAUCUGUGGGAGCGGCUCCCUGAUAAGGGCUCAGUCAAUCCAGACAUUUUCUAUCCAAGUACUCUGUACUCUAACUAUAGCACACAAAAUCUUCAAUGCCUGUUAACACUUCACAGCUGAAUCCUCACAACUCCUUUCUGUGACGGCUUUGUGUCGACUCAUGGCUUCUCAGCUGCGACUCACUGUCUCACACAUAACUAACUCAUCUGUCAAAGUCAAAGCCAAAGCCAAAGAAAAUUGUAUUAUGUGUUGUAAUACUAUAGUUUUAGUGUUGGCCAUAUUUAUCUGGUGAUAUAUAUUGUUCAUAAGUUGAUACCACACCCACUGCUACU